CUGGCCUAAUAUAAAAGGCAUCGCCUGACUCCAACAUUUCCUCUCAUUUGUUUACCUGAAGAAAGUUUGUUUUAUUUGGCGUCUCUGAGCUGCCAAGUUGUGAGACUUUUGACUCCAUUUACCAAUUCACACUUACCAGUGCACAUCCUACAUCACAAUGCCUCUGCAGUUUGAACUGUGUCCCGGUAAAAUGAUUGGAGGCUCCCAUCCGUGCUUCAUCAUUGCUGAAAUUGGACAAAACCACCAGGGAGACAUUGAGACCGCUAAGAAAAUGAUCAAGAUGGCAAAGGAUUGUGGUGCAGAUUGUGCCAAAUUUCAGAAAAGUGAAUUAGAGUACAAAUUCAGCAAGAAAGCCUUGGAUCGCCCCUACACUUCAAAGCACUCCUGGGGAAAAACAUACGGCGACCACAAGCGUCACUUGGAGUUCAGCCAUGAGCAGUACAGGGAACUGAAAAAGUAUGCAGCGGAGAUUGAUAUCUUCCUCACUGCCUCUGGCAUGGAUGAGAUGGCUGUGGAGUUCCUCCAUGAGCUAGAUGUGCCUUUCUUCAAAGUUGCCUCCUGCGAUGCUAACAACUUCCCCUAUUUGGUGAAAACUGCCAAAAAAGGACGUCCCAUGGUGGUGUCCAGUGGGAUGCAGUCCAUGGAGACGAUGCGUCGGGUCUACAAAACAGUGAAGGAGCACAACCUGAACUUCACUAUUCUGCAGUGUACCAGCUCCUACCCUCUGGACCCUAGCGCUGUCAACCUCAGCGUGAUCACGGCAUACCAGAAGGAAUUUCCGGACAUUCCCAUCGGAUAUUCCGGACAUGAGCAGGGACUCUACAUUACUUUGGCUGCUGUGGCGAUGGGAGCAAAGGUCGUGGAACGUCAUGUGACCUUGGAUAAGACCUGGAAGGGAAACGACCAUGAAGCAUCCCUGGAGCCCUCAGAGCUGGCAGAGCUGGUCCGAGCCAUCCGACUGGUGGAGACUGCGAUGGGAUCACCUGCCAAGCAGAUGUUACCCUGCGAGAAGAACUGCCAUGAUAAGUUGGGAAAAUCGGUGGUGGCUAAGGGGGCCAUCCCCAAAGGCACGGUGCUGAGCCUGCACAUGUUUGCAGUGAAGGUGGGCGAACCAAAGGGCUUCCCUCCAGAGGAUAUGAUGAAGCUGGUGGGCAAGAAGAUCAAAGUGGAUGUGGAGGAUGACGACAGCAUCUUGGUGGACAUGAUAGAAUAAAGGAUCCUCCGCAAAGGUUGGGAGAGAGAGGCAGAGAGACAGACAGUUAGAGAGUGAGAGAGAAGGAAAGAGAGCAAAAGAGAAAGCAAAAAAGAAGUAGACAGGUAGAAGAGUGACGGACAGUGUUGCAGUGUGAACAGAAAGAGGAAGAGAAGGAAUUAAAGCGAGAAACAGAGGAUUAAGUCUUUGUGUCUUAAGAGAAAGUGACAGACAAGAGAUUUGAUAAAGAAGAAUUGCAGUUAGAGAAAGUCAAAUUUCAUUAAAGAUGAACAGGUCUGAAUAGGUCUUAAAAUGACUCCACUAUGAAACAAAAAGAUUGUGUUGGUGUAAAAUCACAACAGUCGGUAUUCACAACCAACUGUAUUAGCACCCUGCACUGUUUUGCUUUAUGUAUGAUAAAGUCCAAACUGAGAAAUGCACCAUGGCUGGCUUGUCCUUACUCAAUGCCAAUAUUUAUCAUAUGUGGUAUGAACAUCAUCUCUAUUCGGAAUGAUCUGUCCCUGCCUAAUUCUCCCAGCAUUCAAUCAUGUUACAAUUAUGAGGCGUGGUUAAAUGUAAUGCCUAUAUCCCAAAUGCUAUCAGUAAAUUUGCCUCUCCAUUCCAUAGUGUUUAUCCUGGUGUUGUACCCAAUCAAGUGUGGUGUAGGCUACUAUGCUCUGUGCGCAUGUGGGGGGGUGGUUACAGUUAUGUGAUUGCUGAAACUGAAAUGUGUCCCAAGUAUGAUAUAUCCUAUUGGAUCAGACUAUUGUAAAAUGUAAUUCUGUUUGUUUUUUGCUUUUGUAAUUCUUCUGUUUUGUCUCAGAGAUUUAACUAUUUUGUCUUUUUAUUCCUUUGUUGGUGGGGGGUGCUGUUUCACUUCUGAAGUGGUUAUUGCUGUCUUUUUGACUUGUGUUCACUUGGUUGCUGUUUGCUGUUGUUGAUCCUGUUAAUUAGGCUAUGUACACUGUAUUUGCUGCUUUCAAAUAAUUUCAGCAUUACAUUUGCAUUACAUUUUGAAAGCACCACAUGUGGCCCCUAAAUAGUAAUCAAUGUUUCUGAAAUAUUAAUCUUGCAAAUAAAAAGGAUGUCACAAAUGGCA